AUUGUUCUGUAAUCCCUUGAUAUUUAUAUGAAAAUAAUUAAUCGCGUAACUAAGCUAUAUUCCCUUUACUGAAAAGAUUGUGUAAUUUAAUCGAGUACUGAGGAUGAUAUGCGAAAUUGAAAAAGCGUCUAGUUGUCUUGCAUAGAUUAAUAAUUCAAUGCUGUUGUGAUGGUUUAACGUGAAAGUGCUGUGAUAAACCAAUAAUCAUGGCAAGUCCGUCGCCGCAAAGCAGUCCUAUGCCGCCACCGCAGGCUCCAAGCCCUAUGGGGCCACCAACACAAAGUCCUGCACCGCCCCAUUCGCCGCAUAGUCCUUACAAUGGACCUCCUCCAGCUCACCCUUCUGGGCCUGGACAACCAAUGCCCAAUCAUUUGUCUCCGGGAGGACCUAUACCGCCCAACAGUAACGGGCCGCCACCGCAGCACGGCAUGCCGCCGAGCGGUCAUCCUAUGCCUCCUCACAUGGUAGGACCGCAUAUGCCGGGGCCCCCGGGACACUCUCCGCACCCGCCUGGCCCCAAUGGCCACCCGACCAUGCCUGGGGUUCAGCACCCUCCAAUGCCUGGUCAGGGACCACCACAUGGAUAUAUGCAACAUCAAAUGGGUCACAUGCCAUCUGGACAGGCGCCUUUGUCUGCCCCUGGUAACGGUGGACCGGCAGGUGGUCCUAUGGGAGGCCCCCCGCCGCACGGUGGCCACCCCCAAGGAAUGCAGCCAGGUGUACCGCCAGCUCCUAGUCACAUGCCACCGCAUCACGCUAUGAUGGGUGGGCAGCCACCCGGGCCCGCUUAUGGCCAUGCGCCCCCACUUUCGGGAGGUGCGGCUCCACCGCCUGCGCCUCCUCCAAAUGCAGGCGGCCAACAAGCGGGUCCCCCCGGCUCUGCUGCAGCUGGCCCCCCUGGAUCGCAGACACCACCUCACGGCCACGCAGUGCCACCAUCAGUCGCUGGUCAACCUCCAUCUAACGGCGCCCCGCCCGGCUCUUCACCCAUGCAAGGCUCGCUCCCCGCCCCUGGACCAGACAACCUCAACGCUCUUCAGCGUGCUAUUGAUUCGAUGGAGGAGAAGGGCCUGCAGGAGGAUCCUAGAUACUCUCAACUUUUGGCACUCAAAGCGAGAUCGAACCCUCAAGAUCCGAGCAAGGGUUUGUUCACUAACAGCCAACUCGGCCAACUCAAAGCCCAAAUAACGGCGUACCGGAAUCUGGCGCGUAACCAGCCCGUGCCGCAGCAAAUAGCUAUGAUGGCUGCUGGCAAAAGGACGAGUGACACGCCGCCCGAGUGCCCGACGCCGCCGGCCCAGCCACCGUCCCCAUAUAACCAGCAGCAGGGGCAGAAUCAGCCUGCGCCGUCGUCGGGCGGGGCGGGGGGCGUAGGCGCGGCAGGCGACGCGGCGCGCGGCGGCGGCGGCGCGCCUCCCACGCCGCUGCCCAUGACGGGCCAAAUGGCGCCGCCCACACUGCCAACGCCGCCGCUCGUGGCUCCGCCCAUGGGAGGCGCACCGCCGUCGUUGCGUGGUCCCGCGCCAGUGCGUCCGGCGGGGCCGGGGGCGCCCAAUGCUCAGCCCACGCAGCAGCCCGGCGGAGGUCCAACUCCAGGAGCGAAACAAAAUCGAGUUACGAGCAUUCCUAAACCAGUGGGAAUUGACCCUCUACAGCUUCUCAAUGAAAGAGAAAAUAGGAUCGCAGCGCGCAUUGCUCACCGUAUGGAGAUAUUAUCGAACCUGCCUGCCAACAUCCCUGAUGAUCUGCGCUUGCAGGCACAGAUCGAACUUCGCGCUUUGCGUGUACUCAAUUUCCAAAAACAACUACGUGCUGAGAUUCUAGGUCAAGUGCGUCGCGACACCACUUUAGAGACGGCGGUGAAUAUCAAAGCUUACAAACGCACCAAGCGGCAAGGUUUACGCGAAGCGCGCGCCACUGAGAAGUUGGAGAAACAACAGAAACUCGAAGCAGAAAGGAAACGUCGCCAGAAGCACCAGGAGUUUUUGCAAACUGUUUUGCAACACGCAAGGGAUUUCAAAGAGUACCACCGCAACAACGUGGCGCGUACGGCGCGCAUCAACAAGGCCGUCAUGAACUACCACGCCAAUGCAGAGCGAGAGCAGAAGAAGGAACAAGAACGCAUAGAGAAGGAACGUAUGCGACGUCUUAUGGCCGAAGACGAAGAGGGUUACCGCAAACUGAUCGAUCAGAAGAAAGACAAGCGCCUGGCGUUCCUGCUGUCGCAGACAGACGAAUACAUCGCUAGUCUCACAGAGAUGGUCAAGCAGCACAAACAGGAGCAGCGCAAGAAACAGCAGGAGGAGGAGCGCAGAAAGCGGAAAUCGAGGAAGAGGAAGUUACUAGAAGGCGGCGAAAUCGAUGCACUGGACGAUAGCUCGCAGACAUCAGAUCAGCGCGUCAGUGUCAUGGACCCCAAGACUGGCGAAAUGCUAAAAGGCGAUGAGGCGCCAUUGUUGUCUCAGCUGAAGGAUUGGAUGGAAACUCACCCAGGCUGGGAAGUUCUCUCCGAUUCAGAGGACUCCGGAGACGACAGCCAAGAUGAUGACGAAAAGAGAGAGCGUCGCGAGAAAAACAAAGAAAAAGACGACAGAGAGAAGACAGACGAAGAGAAGGCGCGUGACAUGAUCAAGAAAGCCAAGGUCGAAGAUGACGAAUACAAGACUGAAGAACAGACAUAUUACAGCAUUGCUCACACGGUCCACGAGUCUGUCACUGAACAAGCCAGUAUCUUGGUGAACGGAAAUCUCAAAGAAUAUCAGAUUAAGGGCCUAGAAUGGCUGGUGUCGUUGUUUAACAACAACCUGAACGGCAUUCUGGCCGACGAGAUGGGUCUAGGCAAAACUAUCCAAACCAUUGCAUUGGUCACCUAUCUCAUGGAAAAGAAGAAAGUCAAUGGACCUUUCCUUAUAAUUGUACCACUCAGCACUCUAUCGAACUGGGUAUUAGAGUUCGAAAAGUGGGCACCUACAGUGUCUGUGGUGUCGUACAAGGGAUCUCCUGCGUCGCGUCGACUCGUGCAAGCACAGAUGCGUUCUACCAAGUUCAACGUGCUGCUCACCACGUACGAAUACGUUAUCAAGGACAAGGGUGUUCUUGCCAAGGUGCACUGGAAGUACAUGAUAAUCGACGAAGGUCAUCGCAUGAAGAACCACCACUGCAAACUGACGCAAGUGCUGAACACCCACUACAUAGCGCCACACCGCCUGCUUCUCACCGGUACGCCACUGCAGAACAAGCUGCCUGAACUGUGGGCGCUUCUCAACUUCCUACUACCCUCGAUCUUCAAGAGCUGCUCAACUUUUGAACAGUGGUUCAAUGCUCCGUUCGCCACUACGGGUGAAAAGGUGGAGCUAAACGAGGAAGAAACUAUUCUGAUCAUCCGUCGUCUUCACAAAGUGCUGCGACCGUUCCUACUGCGGCGACUCAAGAAGGAGGUGGAGAGCCAACUGCCUGACAAGGUGGAAUACAUCAUCAAGUGCGAUAUGAGUGGGUUGCAACGAGUGCUUUACAAACACAUGCAAUCGAAAGGCGUACUGCUAACUGACGGAUCGGAGAAAGGAAACAAAGGAAAGGGCGGCGCGAAGGCUUUGAUGAACACUAUCGUACAACUGCGCAAGCUCUGCAACCAUCCCUUCAUGUUCCAGCAUAUCGAGGAGAAGUUCUGCGACCAUGUUGGAACUGGCGGGGGCGUUGUCUCUGGGCCGGACCUAUACCGUGUAUCGGGUAAAUUUGAGCUGCUGGACCGCGUUCUGCCCAAACUGAAGACCACUGGGCACCGCGUGCUUGUCUUCUGCCAGAUGACGCAGUGCAUGACUAUUAUUGAAGACUAUCUCUCCUGGAGAGGAUUCCAGUACUUGAGAUUGGACGGUAUGACCAAAGCAGAGGAUCGUGGCGAGUUGCUCAAGAAGUUCAACGACAAGGACUCCGAGUACUUCCUUUUCCUGUUGUCGACACGUGCCGGCGGGCUCGGACUCAACCUGCAAAGCGCUGACACUGUCAUCAUUUUCGAUUCUGAUUGGAAUCCACAUCAGGAUUUGCAAGCUCAAGAUCGUGCGCAUCGUAUCGGCCAGCGCAACGAAGUCCGCGUGCUACGGUUGAUGACUGUCAAUUCCGUAGAAGAGAGAAUUCUUGCAGCUGCUAGGUACAAAUUGAACAUGGACGAGAAAGUCAUCCAAGCUGGUAUGUUUGACCAGAAGUCCACGGGGUCAGAACGACAGCAGUUCCUGCAGACCAUUUUGCAUCAAGACGGGGAUGACGAAGAGGAAGAAAACGAAGUCCCCGACGAUGAUCUAAUUAACGAAAUGAUAGCUCGCUCAGAGGAGGAGCUGGAGAUAUUUAAACAAAUCGAUAUAGAACGAAAGAAGAAUGAGACUCAGUCCCGGCUUAUCGAGGAGUCUGAAUUGCCUGAUUGGUUGGUGAAGGAUGAUGACGAAGUUGUUUGCAGCAAGGGUCAAGGCUGGAGCUUUGAUGACGACGAGGCUCUAGGGCGCGGGUCGCGACAACGCAAGGAGGUGGACUACACAGACUCGCUGACGGAAAAGGAAUGGCUGAAGGCCAUUGAUGAUGAGUUCGACGACGAGGAAGAGGAUGACGAUGAUGAUGAAGUGCUGGAUAAAAAACGCAAGAAAGGACGGAAGCGACGUCGUCAAGAGGAAUCAGACGAGGAAGAAGUUCCGAGCUCCUCAAAGAAAAAGAACAAAACCGAAAUGAACCAGCUCAAAAAGAGGCUCAAGAACAUUAUGAAGAAAGUCAUCGAACAUACUGAUGAGGGCGGGCGAGUUCUAUCAGAACCUUUCAUGAAAUUGCCGUCACGUCGCGAGCUUCCAGACUACUAUGACGUCAUCAAGAAGCCGCUAGAUAUAAAGAAGAUUAUGAACAGGAUUGAAGAUCUAAAAUAUAACGACAUAACUGAUCUCGAGCGAGACUUCUUCACACUAUGCGCAAACGCUCAAACUUACAACGAAGAAGCGUCGCUCAUUUACGAGGAUUCCGUUCGGCUACGAAACGUAUUUAUCGAAAUAAGACGCCGAUAUGAGAGUGGACAGAACUCUGACGAAUCUGAUGACGACAAAGGUAAACAAGAGGACGAUUCCGAUGGAGAAUCAAAUCGGUCAAUGAAAAUGAAAAUCAAGCUGAAAGGUAAAGGCAAAAAUACGCCGUCACGGAAACGCAAGCAGCGUAAGUAUAUCUCAGACGAUGAAGAUUACGAAGAAGAUUGAACGCAGUUUUGGUGAUGUACAACUCUAAACUGAACAGUUUUCAAAUACGGUGAAAAAUCGAGUUCUAUUAGCUGCUCAAUAACGUAUGGAAAACACAAGUACUUCAAUUACUCACGGCCGAGUUGCUGAAUAUAAUGCGAUGCUAACAAAUUAGACUAGGUUCGUAUUGUUUAAUUCCAAAUUAUUAUUAUUCAAUGGCCCUAGCGUGUCACAGUAAUGUGAAUUUAUUACUUAAUCUAAACAAAGUAUUUCCCCAACUUUUCAAGAAUGGGAUUUAGGUAAUAAGAGUAGCUGUAAUGGUAGGCAUUUUCAGACCUUGGUUAUUUUAAUUCAUUAUUUUAUGUAAGAAAAAUGUUUUUAAAACUACCUUUAAUGUUAUGUUAACAUGAAUCUGUAUCAAUUUAUAAUUUUUGAAAGAGAAUUAAAUUAUUUUAUCAAACCAAAAGCUGGAUUAUUUUGAUGUGGACAAAAUCUGCGUUUGAGUCUUAGCAAAAUGAUGUUUGUUACAA